GUUUCUCCAGCUAUCCCUUGACAAAGUGCCCAGAGAUCGAUCAUCAAGCAAAAUGCAGGCUUCACUUUUAUCCAUCAGUUCCUAUACUUUCUACAUUCUUCUUGCUUGUGCCGCCUUAUCAAUAGUCGUGGUUGUCAGUGAAUUGAUUGCGAAGGUUUCGGUGAAAAUUAAGUGUGUGAGUGAUGAUCGCAAAAACAAGAAGCUGUUGAAACGGGCACCAGGACCUCGACCACUCCCCAUAAUUGGAAACCUUGCUGUUUUGGAUGGCUAUGAAGUUCCCUAUCAAGCCUUCUCUGAUCUGGCUGAAAAAUAUGGACCAAUUAUAUCGCUGCAACUGGGACAAGUUCCAGCGAUCGUCGUUAAUGGAAUCGAAAACAUCCGCGAGGUCCUCAUAAACAAAACCUCUCAUUUCGAUAGUCGUCCCAACUUCCGGAGAUAUCACCAGCUCUUUUCCGGAAACAAGGAAAACUCACUUGCCUUUUGCGAUUGGUCUGACGUUCACAAGCAGCGCCGAGAAAUGUUGGUUCCGCAUACCUUCCCAAGAAAUUUCUCUGAACGUUUCCUCCAACUUGAUACCAUCAUUACUGACGAGCUAAAUGAAAUGCUUACUAAAAUCGAUGCAACUGAAUUCUCGGCUGGUUUUCCAAUCAAACAGAUGAUCUUGAAGCACACCUGCAAUAUAUUUGCACAAUAUUUCUGCUCCAGGCGAUUCGAAAACGAAGACCCAAAGUUUGAUAAAUUCAUAUCCAACUUCGAUAAAAUCUUCUAUGAAGUGAACCAAGGCUACGCCGCUGAUUUCCUACCUUUCUUAAUGCCUCUACACUCAAAAAACCUAAAACAAAUGGAAACUUGGUCGCAUGAGAUUCGCUGCACCCUUCUUGAGAAGAUCAUCGGAAAUCGAUUUGAAGAAACUCCAGAGGAGCGCGACUACGUCGAUUGCCUGAUCAGCCACGUCAAGAAUGCCGAACCCAUUAUGGAUUGGAAUGCAGCAAUGUUUGCUCUAGAAGAUAUUGUGGGAGGACACUCAGCAGUUGGGAAUUUUACAAUGAAAGUGCUUGCAUAUCUUAUUCAGAAUCCUGAAGCUCAGACAAAAAUACAGCAGGAAAUAGAUGCUGUUUUACAUGAGACCGGUGCUACCGUGGUUAAUCUCAAGGACAGAAAAGCCAUGCCUUACACCGAAGCUGUUAUUAUGGAGGCAUUGCGGUUGAUUGCAUCCCCCAUCGUCCCGCAUGUGUCCAACCAGCACAGCACCAUUGGUGGUUACGAUGUCGAGCCCAACACUCUAAUCUUCCUGAACAAUUAUGACCUCAGCAUGUCCCCGCACCUUUGGCAAAAGCCAGAAGAAUUCAAACCAGAAAGAUUCCUACAAAAUGGGCGUCUAACGAAGCCUGACUUUUUCUUGCCAUUUGGUGGUGGUCGCCGUUCAUGCUUGGGCUACAAAAUGGUCCAAUUCAUCAGCUUCGCCACUAUUGCCAACAUCCUGAAGGACUUCACAAUGUCACCAGUAAAUGGACACGAUUACAGAAUUCGUGCUGGUACACUUGCAGCUCCUGAAGAUCCUUUCCGGAUUUGCUUUACUCACAGAAACGCAACAAAAUUGUUACAUUAGGAUAACGAGGAUUCACGAUCACUUUCCAUCGCACAGCGUACUUGCAACUCUAAGACAGAAUUUGACUGCGGGAGGUAGAAGGACAAAUAGUAUUAACAUUUUAUGAUAUCGUGGACACGGGAUAAUAAGAUAAUCUCGAAUUUUGUAUUAGAGUUCUUAGGCCGUAAGUGCAGUAUAUCGUAACCACACUGUAUUAUUAUUCGCAAGAAAGUAUUGUUAUCUUGCUUUGUAUUAACCGCUAUUUCUGUGAUUG